GGGGCAUUAAGAAGGAAACGGAGGUACGCUUCUUCGUCUCGAAGUCUUCAGCCGUUAUUUUACGAUCGAUCUUCACAGCUUGAUUUUCCUGUCUCUUUCCUCAUUUUCAUUUAGUUAGCUCAAACUAAUCGGUUUCGUAGACGUAAGACGCUGAUCGCAUUGAUUCUGUCUUGAAAAGAUUUGAGAUUCCCCAUGGCUAAAAGCACGUUCAAGCUCGAACAUCCUCUAGAAAGGAGACAAGCUGAAGCUGCUCGCAUCAGGGAGAAAUACCCAGAUAGAAUUCCCGUGAUUGUGGAGAAAGCUGAAAGGAGUGACAUUCCCGACAUCGACAAGAAGAAGUACCUUGUCCCUGCUGACCUGACUGUUGGGCAGUUUGUUUAUGUUGUCCGGAAAAGGAUCAAGCUUAGUGCGGAGAAGGCUAUUUUCAUCUUUAUCAAAAGCACAUUGCCUCCAACUGCUGCUUUGAUGUCAGCAAUCUACGAAGAAAACAAGGAUGAGGAUGGUUUUCUUUACAUGACUUACAGUGGAGAGAACACCUUUGGAUUCUGAUUGCUCCAAAUCAAAAUUCAUCUGUAAAUAAAACUGGAAAAGCUGUAAAUUCUCUCUGCUUGCUCCCCCCAAGUCAGUUCGCUGACUAACUUGUCUAUUUCUGACUAUCUUAGGCUUUCUUUCCUUUUACCAGUGGUCACUAUCACUGGUGUAUGUUGCUCGAUAAGGACUUCAUUGAGUUGGGUUCUGGAUUUUGUGGUGUUCUCCCCAUCCCAAACCCGAAAACAAAUGUGGGUGUGUUUGGUGAGAAUCCUCCAUGAUUUCCACAUCCACAUCCAAAUUCUAAUUUCUAUUUCAUGGGAAUAUCAAAUGUUCUCUGCUGGUAAUUAAUUAGUUUUCA